AUGUCCAGUCGAGUUUUUGAUAAUUCUGAGAACAAAAACUCACUCAAACCGUUCAAUAAAGAAUCGCAGAAUGAAAACGCCGCUAUAUCGAAUAAAGGGGGUAAUUUCAGACAAACACUGAGGUUCAAACGAGUGCCAUUAGGAGGCAAGAAUCAAAACACAAAUACAUUUGAGUUGAAUAGGUCAAAGUCGACAAUAAAUCCUAAUUUAAGCUCGUUUAAGUCUACCAAACCACCAAGUUUAAUAAAGUCCAAUUCGAGUUUAGGGUUUCAGUCUGUACCUGUAUAUCAAGAGCACAGACAAGAACGGAAAACUGUACAAAUUGCGGCACCGGCACCACGAAUCGGUGAGACAACAGAGAGAAAACCUCAAAAAGAUAGUGUUAGAAGUACAGGGCCUAGAUCCACCAAAAAUGUCAGGAAAAGACUCAGUUUGGAUGAAUUAUCCCGUCCUACAUUGCUUUCACCGAAAAAGCAGAAACUAUUUCAAACUGAUUCCUUGGUCAAAUCAGAACAUAUGAAACACGCGCCAAUAUCCAAUAUUCAAAGUACGCUUUCGGAAAGAACUGAAGCUAUAAACGCAAGACAUAUAGUAAAUAACGAUAUCACAAGGAAUAACAUGGACCCUAUUAAACGAUCUAUUAGGCGUCAUUCAAUAGAUACAAUGGUUGCACAACACUGGAAGGAUGAAAUAGAGUUUGUGCCACAAGAUUACAACAAGAAAGAUGGCGAUUCCAUUGUUUCAUUCAAUGACGAUGAAUUGCAAUAUUUUUCAACUCCAAACAUUAGUCAUGAGCAUAAGCUGACUCCACCUAAUGAGGACUUGGAUUUGGAUUUGGAUUUGGAUUUGGAUUUCGAAAAUGACGCAGGUGAUGAAGAACUUGGAGCAGAAAUGACUAUUGAUGGGAUCGAGAAUGAAGAGUUUGGAUUAAAUGACGAGGAUUUGAGAAACCUAUUAGAUUAA